CGGUACUACUAAGUGUCAAAAAUUUGUCAAAAAAUUGUCCCAAAAUCAAAAAAUGGAAAUUUGUCGUUGUGAAGAGUACAGACAAGUCGUCGCAAAUUUCAAAUUUUUCACAAUGGGUACUUUGCACCACCUGGAACCACGUGAAAAAAUCCCAGAAAAUGGUACCAUCAAAUGGGUGAAAAACAAAGCGUCUUAUGAUGACCCACGAUGUACUAAACCCGUUUUAAUCCGGAGAAAUGCUCCUAAAGGGUCAAAAAUUACGACAGAUUUGGAAACAAAAUGGAUUCCGGUACUACCAGGUCUAAUUUCGCAAAAAAUUGUCAAUGAGAAUAAUACCAUGAAAGGUCUUUUGGUGUAAUUUUGUAAAAGAGUGAAUAAAUGUGUAGAAACGCAUAAAAUAAAUUUUA